UACCACGCCCGCACAGCCACUCAUCAUCAUUGCCAUACUCGACACUCAACAUCAUCGCCAUCGACUCGACAUCCACCUGCUCUCAGCCAUACCCUGCCUGACUCCUGACCUGCCUCGACUCAUCCACUUGCUCCUUUCUCGUCCGGUCAACGACUUUCCCUCAUUGCCCUUCACUCUUGGGCAUCGUCCUCCACCUCGCUCCUCGCGACUGCCCAACGCUCGCUUCUCCCGCUUCCUCGAUCAUGUCAUCAUCCGCUCCUGUCUUCUAUGCGCCCUAUCACCAUGCUGAGCUGGCUCAGAGGGACAGGAUCAUCGAGGAUCGCGAGGGCGCCAUGUGCGAUAUGUUCUUCUCGCACAUGGAUGAAUGUGCAGCAUUGCGGAGUCAACUCGACACGACAAAGGCUGCGCUGGACGCGAGCAUCACUGCUCUUGACGCUGUGCGGCAUCAGCUUCAAGAGCAAGCGCCCUUUGUUGACACGGGGAUCAAGAUUGCGCUGGGUGUCGUCUUCACCCGCUUGUACUGGAUGGCAAAGAUGACAUAUGGCAUCUUUGAGUACUAUAGGGUCAGGUACUUGGACGCCUCCGAGAGCGAGAUGUUGGGCCGCGCAGGUCGCAGCCCAAGCUUCCAAGCCUCGCUACAGGCUGUGUACUGGACACGCGACCAGGUUCUCUCACCUGCGACGACGAUGGGACCAGCGCCGUACAACCUCUUGCUCUCUAGACGGAACCACGGCGCCCACACUGCUCAUCCCCUGCGCGUCAAGAAGAUCCUGGAGUGGCACGAGCAGUCCAUCUCUCGUGGCGGCGAAGGCUACAUGUCAGCCGCUGCUUACAAGCUGCUGCAGGAUGGUGGCUUUUGCCUCGCCUUUGGUCUCGAGCUAAGCGCGGUACGUAGUGGCUCGAUGGCCUCGUUCAGACUUGAUGGCUUGCUCAUUUGUCAUUUCACUUCUCCUUACCGCCGCCUCGCUCUCCGCCUCGCCCUCCGAUCCCGCUUCUUGGAUCCACAUCUCUCCUCUGGAUUCUCUCACCAUGAUUUUCCGCCGGAUACCAUCAGACCGAGGACGAGAUGGACGCAGUCGGGCCGGUCUGUGAUGGGUGGAACGUGUGGCGGAGAUCGAGCCGUGGACCCGACCCCGAUCAUCCGAUCCCUUCCUGGGCGCUGCAGGAGGCCAAGGAAGUAGCGGAGGCGAACCAUGAGACAGCGCCUGAAGCAGACGUUGCACGGCUUCAGGCGAGACGGCGAGAGCGGGAGC